AUGACCAUGCUCCUUCGCGCUUGUCUAAUAGUCGAACCAUGCACGCGGCCGCACCACUUUUGCCCGGGCACGCUCAGCAGGCAGUCGCAUUUGUCGGAAGCAUCAUGUCCCGUGAUGGGAAUUCUGCGCUAUCACGCUCAGCUCGUCUGGUUUCCCACUUAUCAAGUGGACGAGGGUUAUGUCGCUCUGCUCUGUAGACUCAAUCGAAGCAUUCGAAGGCGCUCAGUUCAGUUUUCUGUAUCGCUACCCGCGUUUCCAGACGGUAGGAAGGAGCUGUCUCCUCAAGUGUCGACCAUGGGUCUCUUUUCGAAAGCAAAGCCUGAAAGUCCAGCGAGAGUGCCAGGAGAUGAGGUGGUGGCCAUGCACUACCUCGAUGACCAGUUCCACAACAAGGCUCUGCUAUUGGAUUUCAUUUCUCGGUUUAACGAUGUUCUCGAUCCAGUCAAGUUGAAGCAUUCCUUUGAGCGUCUGCUCGAGAUUGGGGACUGGAGAAAGUUGGGAGGUCGAAUCAGGCUCAAUGAACAAGGCAGACUGGAUUGGCAUAUCCCCCAGCACUACGACGACAAAAGACCUGGAGUUCUCUAUCACCACGUGCAACACGAUCAAAGGAUCGCAGUCCAUCCGCUAGCUUCACAGCUUCCCAGAGCAUCGUCGCCUCCAGCCAUCUAUCAGGAUCCGGCAAACUUCCACGGGCUAGCUCAUCCAGAUCACCCGAUCAGCAUUGAAGGAUUCCUGUACUCGGACAAGCCCCCUAUUGCUAUGUCGAUAUGGUCUUCCAAGGAUGCCACAAUAGUGACCAUGAGCUGGUCUCAUUGCUUGCUGGACGUGAUCGCUCACCAAAGUCUCUUCAAAGCCUGGACAGCAGUCUUGGCCGGCCGUGAGCAGGACAUACCACGACUCAUCGGGUUCAAAGAAGAUCCCGUGGAUACGCUUGCGGGCAGGACACCUAGUCAUAAAGAUGUUCUUCAUGAUCAGUUGAUGUCCAGGCUUGGGUUCAUGAUCUUUGUGCUGUACACCGUCUUUGAAUUCGUCUGCUUUCCAAAGCAAGAGUACCGCUUGAUCAGCGUCCCGGAUUGGUAUAUACAGAAACUCAAGAAGCAAGCGCGAGACGAAUUGGCGCACGAGAGAGGCAGCAAAGAAGGACCCUACCUGAGCGACGGAGAUGUGCUGUUCGCAUGGUGGUCACAAUUGACGGUAUCGGCGUUGCCUCUGUCUCCCACUCGAACUGUCUAUCUCGGGAACGUUUUCGACGCUCGUGGCGUGUUUGAGCAUUUCUUCCCAGCAGCUGGUCGACCAGCCGUUCAGCAAGACCGCUCUGAUGAUACGAGAGAGCCUGUUGCAGCAGAGAACGACAGAGCAAGUUGA